AAGAUGCGACUAAGAAAAUGUCAGGAAAAGCCUACUAGAACAACUGAACUUUAUUUGGGGUUAAUCAGAGGCACUUUAAAUGAUGGCAGGUGUGUACUGACUCCUAUUUAACAUGAGAUUGAAUGUGAUUGCUUAAUUCUGAACACAGCCACAUCCCCAGUUAAAAGAGGGUGUUCACACUUAUGCAACCACAAUAGUUGUACAGGUUAUAGGUCACAUUAAAGGUGGAAAAAGUUCUGAAAUGAUUUAUCUUGGUCUCAUUUUUUUACAUCACCAGAAACCUGGCAUUUUAACAGGGUAACUUCCUAGUGCAAACUCCAGCUCCAGCGCAAUGAGCCUGCGGUGUGUUUUAAUUACUGCUCGGUGUUUUGCUGGUGCUUCGCGGUCACUACGAGCCACAUCUAACCUAUUAUGUUCAUCGAGAAACAUGUCAUCACGACAAGCUGAUCACCUUGAAAGGACAGCUAGUGUUCACAGACAGAAGGCCACGUUCUCAGCACGAGUUUGUGCCAUUACAAAUGAGUCAGACACAGUGAAGAGGCUGCAGCUGGAGGUGCCGCAUCCUGAAUUUAGUUUCCGUGCUGGCCAGUGGGUGGACUUUUUCAUCCCAGGAAUGGAGAAAGUGGGUGGCUUUUCCGUGUGCUCCAGCCCUGACCUUCUGCACAGAGAACAAGUUAUAGAACUGGCAGUGAAAUACACACAGCACCCACCUGCACACUGGAUACACACCAAGUGUACGUUAGGCUCACAAGUGGAAGUGCGAGUCGGGGGGGAUUUUUAUUUCGACCCCAUGCCAUCUGAUCAUACUGUGGACCUGCUUUUGGUGGCUGGUGGCGUUGGUAUCAACCCCCUUUACUCCAUCCUAAUGCAUGCUGUAGAUCUUCUCCGACUGCCACACGCAUACACACCAGGACACACACACCUCUGUUACAGUGCCAAGAACACAAAGGAGUUGCUGUUCAAAAACAGCAUCACUGGUAUUUGUCGGGAAUUUCCAGAUAAAUUCUCUUGCGACUUCCUAGUGACGCGACAAGAUUUUGAAAUCGAGCCGGGCCUCCAGUCAUACACAACCAGUGGAAAAAUAUCACAGGAGGUGCUGAGGCGUCAUGUUAACCCUGGGCGCACAUUAUGUUAUUUGUGUGGGCCGCCACCCAUGAUUGAGAGUGUGAGUAGAGACCUGCAAAGUCUUGGCCUGUCUAUGGACAGAAUCCUUUAUGAGAAGUGGUGGUAGAUCUCCAGCCCUUCAAGUGCCUCUGGGGCUUGAAAAAGGACCAUCAGAACUGAUAUUUUAUUUUUAAAUUGCACAAUUUCAUAACUACACAACUGCACAACUUUACUUGUGCAAUGCAGUUUCCUCCUCUAUAAACAGCAGCUUACUUAAUACCAUCACAAAUUAUGCUAAGCUGUUACUCAGCUAUGCAUUUAUGGUCAUAUGAGGUUAUAUGAGAAAAAACAGACCUGAUUUUUAUUCCCUAUUAAAACAGUGUUUUUGUACUGGAUUUAAAUAUAGGCACUUCUUUUUGACCUGAUAAAAAGAAUGUUUGCCCAAAUAACAUUUUCUGUUAUUUAAACUUUAGCAUGCAAUUUAUUUAGAACAGUAGCUGUAUUGAGAGGUAACAUGUUUAUCGAUGUAGUCUUUUAUACAAAUUGGUAACUGUAACGUGAAUCAUGAUGAUAAUUGGUCAGUCGGUGGAGAUCCUGUAUGUGUAAAAAAUAAUUUUAUUCUUAUAUUAAUGAAUACAGUAAUCAUUAUCAUGAUCCUGUUUUAACAUGUGAAACCUAAGAUGUUUUUUCCUCUUUAUAGUUUUUCCAAAAUUGCUUAAAGAUAUUCUGGAACAGUGUCUGAGUGUUAAAUGCAUUAACACGUUUUUCAAAACUAUACACACAUUUUGCAAAUCCCUAUACUGCUUUCAGUCCUCAAUUCCACAACAGUGAGCUGAAUAAUAGCAAAUUACAAAAAAAACAUUGGCUCCAUAAACACAUUUUUACAAAAUACCAUGCUCACUAAGCAUUAGAUUUUCAGGUUUUUUUUUUUCCCACACUGAAUUUUUUGGGGGUAUGGAGGGGGAGGACCUUUGUGGGCUCUUUGUGACCCUGUAGGUUAUUCAGGUGUUGAUCAAGGAUGAAAUAGAACAUUGUUACAUACACUCACCAUCCACAUUAAUAGGAACACAUGUAUACCUGCUCAUUCAUGUAGUUAUCUAGUCAGCCAAUCAUAUGGCAGCAGCACAGUGCAUAAAAUCAUGCAGAUACCGGUCUGUGGCAUGAUGGUUGGUGUCAGAUGGGCUGGUUUGAGUAUUUCAGAAACUGCUGAUCUCCUGGGAUUUUCUCACACACCAAACAGUCUCUAGAGUUUACACAGGAUGGUGCAAAAAAAAAAAAAAAGCAUUGAGUAAGAGACAGUUUUGUGGGUAGAAAUGCCUUGUUGAGAAGAGGUCAGAGGAAAAUGGCCAGAUUGGUUCGAGCUGCCAGGAAGGAUAUAGUAACUCAUAUAGUCACUCUUUACAACUGUGGUGAGCAGAAAAACAUCUCAGAAUGCACAAAACAUUGAACCUUGAGGUUCAACAGGGCUACAACAGCAGAAGACCACAUUGGGCUCUACUCCUGUCAGCCAAGACCUGGAAUCUGAGGAUAUCAUGGGCAUAGACUUAACUAAACUGGACAGUUACAAAUUAGAAAAAAAAAAUCAGCUGGACUUUUUCCAGUCUUCAACUGUCCAGUUUCGGAUACUUGUUCGUGCACCACCACUCCAGGGUCUACUAAAUCUUCCUGAAGUUCUGUUGCAGUCAAACAGGGUUUUGAUUGCCUUUCUAGCAAUCCUACAAGCAGUUCUCUUGGAAAGUUUUAUUGGUCUUCCAGAACUCAAUUUGACCUCCACUGUUCCAGUUAAUUACCAUUUACAUUUAUGGCAUUUGGCAGACGCCCUUAUCAAGAGUGACUUACAUUUGCCGCCUUCAGUUGCUGCUUGUUUAUGGGUCUUUCUCUCAGUUUUGCCUUCAGUAAGUGAAAAGCAGCUCAAUUGGCUCGAGUUCAGGUGACUGAGCUGGCCAUUUGAGAGCAUUUCAUUUCUUUGCCUUAAGAAGCUCUUGGGUUGCUUUUGUGGUACAUUUGGGUCAUUAUCCAUCUGUACUGUGAAGUGCUGUCCUGUCAGUUUUGCAGCAUUUGACUGAAUCUGAGCAGAAAGUAUAGCUCUAUAUACUUUAGAAUUCAUCCUGCUACUUCUAUCAGCAGUCACAUCAUCAAUAAACACCAGUGACUCAGUUCCAUUUGCAGCCAUACAUGCCCAUGCUAUAACACUUCCUCCACAUGAUGAUGCGGUAUGCUAUGGAUCAUGAGCCCUUCCUUUCCUGCUCCAUUCUCUAUUCUCUUCUCUUCUCAUCAUUCUGAUACAAAUCAAUCGUGCAUCAGAACUGGUCAGGCUUUUUUUUUUUUUUUUUUUCCCCUCCCCCCAGAGGUUUUUUAGCAAAGUCUAAUCUGGCCUUUCCGUUCUUGAGUGUUACGAGUGGUUUCAUCUUGAGAUAAACCAUCUGUAUUUACAUUCAUGAAGGCGUCUCUUGAUUUGUAGACUUUGACAAUGAUACGCCUACCUCCUUGAGAGUAUUCUUGACUUGGCUAGAUAUUGUGAAGGGGUUUUUCUUCACCAAGGAAGGAAUUCUACGAUCAUCCACUUUAGUUGUAUUCUGUGGCCUUCCUGGUGUUGCUGAGCUCACCCGUGCAUUCCUUCUUUUUAAGAUGUACCAAGUUCUUGAUUUGGCCACUCCUAAAGUUUCUCUUAUUUCUCUGAUAGGCCUUUCUUUUGUUUCAGCCUAAUGAUGGCCUCCUCCACUUGCAUUGAUACCUCUUUGCACCGCAUAUUGAGAGUUCCCAUGAAUAGCUACCAAAUGCAAAUUCAACACUUGGAAUCAACUCCAGAAUUUUCAUCUCCUUAAUUUGUCAUGAAAUAAUGAGGAAACAAGUCACACCUGUCCAUGAAACUGCUUAGCAGUCAAUUGUCCAGUUACUUUUGAGCCUGUUGAAAUGGCUGUAAUUCCUAAACGGUUAAUUCUAUUGUUGUUAAUCCCCUUGAAUUAAAGCUGAAAGUCUAUACUUCAAUCACAUCUUGAUUGCUUCAUUUUAAAUCCAUUAUGUUGGUGUGCAGAGGCAAAAUUAUGAAAAUUGUAUAUAAUCAAUAAUAUAUCAAAUACUGUGUGUGUGUGUGUGUAUGUGUGUGUGUGUAUAUAUAUAUAUAUAUAUAUAUAUAUAUAUAUAUAUAUAUAUAUAUAUAUAUAUAUAUAUAUAUAUAUAUAUAUAUAUAUACACACACACAUACAUGUGAUUGAAGUGUGUGUACGUGUGUACACUAUAUGACCUCCCAUCAACGGCUGAAAUGCCUCAAGCUAACUGCACACAUCCAGUGUAAACCUAUAAGUCAAACUUAGUUUCAGAAUCUGUAGUUAUGGGAUGUACUGUAAUGAAACAAUUCUUGAAAUAAAGUUUUGCCAAAAACA